AUGGAGCAGCAACAACAGCCAGCAGCGGCAGAAGAUGGACAGCAGCCCCUGUCCUUCGCGCGGAAGAUGCGCAAUGGCGAGCGGUACUGGGCGUACAAGAUGGGUCUACGGAUAACGCUGUGUAUAGCAAUGUUGAUUGGUAUUGGUACAUCCGCGUGGUUGGUCGCGACGGCGUUUGGCUCGCAAUCGUAUUUUGGAUAUCUGCAUGGGAUGGACACGAUCAUUAUGCCUUUUGUACUGGCAGUAAUAUGCCUCUCCCUCAUCUGGACCCUCAUAACCAUCCUCGUCCCCCUCCUCCGCCGCACCCACCGCCCGGUCCACCCCGGGACGGCAGUCUCCUUCGAGCUGCUCCUCUGGCUCGCUCUCCUAACCACCGGUCUCUUCACGAUCGUCUGCAUCUACCAACUUGACUCCUUCGGCUCCUACGGCCGCAUCGACGACGGAGACUAUAGCUCGGAUUAUUCGGGCUACUACAGACAAGCGAGCAACGGCACCUGGGUGUACAAAAUCGACUGGGUGUCAGACUCAUACGGGGAUCCGAAGUACCACUACAACGAGACCACGGGGGAUUAUACUUACGGCCCUCGACCCACGAAAGCGGAUGUAAAGCGCGUCUGCGGCCCCCAGAGUUGCGCGGAAGAAGACGCAGAGAUCAAUAAGCUGUGGCAGCAAAAGCAGCAGCGGGAGACGGUGGACAUUGUAGUAGCGGCAGUGCAGUUCUUGGGUGUUCUGCUACAUUUUGUGCUUUUUGUUUGGGCGUGCGUGGAUACGCAUCGCAGGAAUACGACCGGGAAGGAGGCGGUGAUGAGGCGGGCGGCGGAUGAGGCGUUGAGGGAUAUGCAGGCGAGGGGGUUGAUUACGAUUCAUGAUCCGGCGAUGGCUGGGAGAGCGGGUGGAGGGGCGGAGCUGAGGCCGCUUAUGGAGGGGGAGGCGGGGCCGUCGGCGGGGAGGGAGCAGGCGCCUGGGUGA